AUGGAAUCAGUUUUGUACUUGCUGGAACGAAUAGCCGAUCACAUGUCCGAGAACGAUGCAUCAGCAAUAAGCCAGAUUCUGGAACACUGCUCAGUACUUUUAUCCUGGAAAUUCGUUGCGUCACAGAAUGGUGCAAAGCAACUUGGAAAAUCUUUGAUGGAUCUGCUUUAUUCACUGCAGCAUCUCAUUAGCACUGGGAAAACAGCGGAUGACCAAGAAACACUCUGUAUGGGACUAGCGCUCAUGUUCAUGGAUGUUACUGGUUGCACGAGCAACGCGUUAAAAGUCCUGGAAACAUAUGCAGGGAAUCGGAGUUCACCGCUGCCAGUGUUGGAUCGUGUGAUGCAAAAAUGUUACAACUACUUCGUGAACAGUGGGAAUCCGCGAAAUUUACGCAUUCAUGCUCUGAGGUGUGUGGGCCAAUCACUGGCAGUGCAGGAUACCGAUUACAUGCUUAAAAGUUUAGAUCAGAUUCUGAUACCGCGUCUCAGAGCACUACAAAUGAUUGUUGAGGGCCGGAUGGCGACAAGUUCCCAGUCGACGCAGAGCCUUGAGGAAGAAUGUGUCUUUGAGCUUGCCGUUCUUUCAGCCCUCAUUGCUACGCAAAAGCCAAGGAGCGAAGCCUCCAAAGAUGAUAUUGAAUUCGUUGAAAGCAGCCAGUCGGACGAAAAAAGCCCUAAAACGAACGUCGUGUACACCAUACUGUGCCAGUGCCUGCCACUCUUAUUGAAUUUGUUGCGAAACUUUUCAUCUUCGGAAAUUCUGGUUGAAAAAACUUGCGAUGUGCUACGGUCCGGUCUAAUAGCUGCUGUUCAGGAUGAGAGCACUCAAACACUCGCAGAUUCCUAUUGCGAUAUUCUGGAUUUCAUCAUCCUGAGACAUCCCUCUGCUGCCUGCGUAUUAGCCAAGGCAAUGAUUUUCGUGAUG